ACGUCAGAAGCUCGGGGAAAGGAGUCGGAAUCCGCCCAGGCUCAAGUUAAAUCAUCCUCCAGGGAGCCGACUCUGGAGUCUGUGGCUGACCCGGUUUCUACUGUUAACAGGCCCCACCCUGCAAUCCCGGCAGCUCCAUGGUGUGCCGGAACCCGUUCGGGCGGAGGCGGAGGCGGCGCCAGCAGUCGCCCGGCUCGUCAAGCGCUUUUUCGGUCAAAGCCAUGGCUCCUCGGCUGCAGCUGGAGAAGGCGGCCUGGCGCUGGGCGGAGACGGUGAGGCCCGAGGAGGUGUCGCAGGAGCACAUCGAGACCGCCUACCGUAUCUGGCUGGAGCCCUGUAUCCGAGGCGUGUGCAGAAGAAACUGCAGAGGAAAUCCGAAUUGCUUAGUUGGGAUUGGUGAGCAUAUUUGGUUAGGAGAAAUAGAUGAGAAUAGUUUUCAUAACAUUGAUGAUCCCAACUGUGAGAGGAGGAAGAAGAAUUCGUUUGUGGGCCUGACUAACCUGGGAGCCACGUGUUAUGUCAACACCUUUCUCCAGGUGUGGUUUCUCAACUUAGAGCUUCGACAGGCGCUGUACUUAUGCCCAAGCACCUGUAGUGACUACACAAUGGGAGAUGGUGUCCGUGGAGGGAAAGAUUAUGAGCCUCAGACAAUUUGUGAGCAUCUACAGUACUUGUUUGCUUUGCUGCAAAACAGUAACAGGCGAUACAUUGAUCCUUCGGGAUUUGUUAAAGCCUUGGGCUUGGAUACUGGACAGCAGCAGGAUGCCCAAGAGUUUUCCAAGCUCUUUAUGUCACUGUUGGAAGACACUUUGUCUAAACAGAAGAACCCAGAUGUUCGGAACAUCGUGCAACAGCAGUUCUGUGGGGAGUAUGCCUAUGUGACUGUUUGCAAUCAGUGUGGCCGAGAGUCUAAGCUUUUAUCAAAAUUCUAUGAACUGGAGUUAAACAUCCAAGGCCACAAGCAGUUAACAGACUGCAUCUCCGAAUUCCUGAAGGAAGAAAAAUUAGAAGGAGACAAUCGAUACUUCUGUGAAAACUGUCAAAGCAAACAGAAUGCUACAAGGAAAAUUCGACUUCUAAGCCUCCCAUGCACUCUCAACUUGCAGCUGAUGCGUUUUGUGUUUGACAGGCAAACCGGACACAAGAAGAAGCUCAAUGCCUAUAUCGGCUUCUCGGAGAGUCUGGAUAUGGAGCCAUAUGUGGAGCACAAAGGUGGGCCGUUUGUGUAUGAACUCAGUGCGGUCCUCAUCCACAGAGGAGUGAGUGCUUAUUCUGGCCACUACAUUGCCCACGUGAAAGAUCCUCAGUCUGGAGAAUGGUACAAGUUCAAUGAUGAGGACAUAGAGAAGAUGGAGGGGAAGAAAUUACAACUGGGGAUUGAGGAAGAUCUAGCAGAGCCUUCUAAAUCCCAGACCCGCAAACCUAAGUGUGGCAAAGGAACUCACUGUUCUCGAAAUGCAUACAUGUUGGUUUAUAGACUGCAAACCCAGGAAAAGAACCACACAAUGGUUCAAGUCCCAGCCUUUCUUCAAGAGCUGGUAGAUCGGGAUAAUUCCAAGUUUGAGGAGUGGUGUGUUGAAAUGGCCGAGAUGCGCAGGCAGAGUGUGGACAAAGGCAGAGCGAAACACGAGGAGGUGAAGGAGCUGUACCAAAGGUUGCCUGCUGGAGCUGAACCCUAUGAGUUUGUCUCUCUUGAAUGGCUGCAAAAGUGGUUGGAUGAAUCGACACCCACCAAACCUAUUGAUAAUCAUGCUUGCCUAUGUUCACACGACAAGCUUCAUCCAGACAAAAUAUCAAUUAUGAAGAGAAUAUCGGAAUAUGCAGCUGACGUUUUCUACAGUCGAUAUGGAGGAGGUCCACGACUGACUGUGAAAGCCCUGUGUAAGGACUGUGUUGUAGAACGCUGUCGUGUACUGCGUCUGAAGAGCCAACUGAAUGAAGACUACAAAACCGUCAACAAUUUGCUGAAAGUAACAAUGAAGGGCAAUGAUGGAUUCUGGGUGGGAAAGUCUUCCUUGCGCAGCUGGCGCCAGCUGGCUCUUGAACAACUAGAUGAGCAAGAUGGUGAGGCGGAGCAAAGCAACGGGAAGAUGAACGGGAGCCCCUUCAAUAAAGAUGAAUCAAAGGAAGAAAAGAAAGAAGAGGAGGAGGAAUUAAAUUUUAAUGAAGACAUCCUGUGUCCUCACGGGGGGUUAAGCAUAUCUGAAAAUGAAAGGAGGCUCGUUUCUCAAGAGGCUUGGAGCAAACUGCGGCAGUACUUCCCAAAAGCUCCUGAGUUCCCAAGUUACAAAGAGUGCUGCUCGCAAUGCAAGAUUUUGGAACGAGAAGGGGAAGAAAAUGAAGCCUUACAUAAAAUGAUCGCAAAUGAACAAAAGACUUCACUUCCGAAUUUGUUCCAGGACAAAAACAGACCGUGUCUCAGUAACUGGCCAGAGGAUACGGACGUUCUCUAUAUUGUGUCACAAUUCUUUUUAGACGAAUGGCGGAAGUUUGUUAGAAAGCCUACAAGGUCUACUCCAGUGUCAUCCAUUGGAAACACUGCCCUUCUGUGUCCGCAUGGAGGACUCAUGUUUACAUUUCCUUCCCUCACCAAAGAAGAUUCGAAACUCUGUCAACCUUUAGAGAGAAGAGAAGGAGGCUGGCCCACUGCAGCACAUAAUAAUAUAGCUCUCAUAUGGCCCAGCGAAUGGCAAAUGAUUCAAAAGCUCUUUGUUGUGGAUAAAGUAAUUAAAAUCACAAGAAUUGAAGUGGGAGACUCUUCUGAAAUACAGUAUAUUUCUGAGCCUAAUCUCUGUCCAGAUUGCAGAGAAGGCCUGCUAUGCCAACAGCAGAGGGACCUGCGAGAAUAUACCCAAGCUACCAUCUAUGUCCACAAAGUUGUGGACAACAAAAAGGUGAUGAAAGACUCAGCUCCAGAGUUGAAUGUGAGUAGUUCUGAGACAGAAGAGGACAAGGAAGAAGCUAAGCCAGAUGGAGAGAAAGACCCGGACUUUAAUCAAAGCAAUGGAGGUACCAAGCGGCAGAAGACGUCCCAACAGGGCUACGUGGCCUACCAGAAGCAGGUCAUCCGGCGGAGCACGAGGCACAGGAAGGUGCGAGGAGAGAAGGCGCUGCUGGUUUCAGCCAAUCAGACGUUAAAGGAACUGAAGAUUCAGAUCAUGCAUGCAUUUUCAGUCGCUCCCUUUGACCAGAAUUUGUCAAUUGAUGGAAAGAUUUUAAAUGAUGAUUGUGCCACCCUUGGUACCCUCGGUGUCAUUCCUGAAUCUGUCAUUUUACUAAAGGCUGAUGAACCAAUUGCAGACUAUGCUGCAAUGGAUGAUGUCAUGCAAGUUUGUAUGCCGGAAGAGGGGUUUAAAGGUACGGGUCUGCUUGGACACUAAUCUUUGACCACUUGCUGACUGCCAAGGAAUAACCAGAAAGGAAGAGGAAUUUGACAUGUUAGGGCAUUAAAGAAAAAGUGGAUUUAAACAUUAAACUAUUACUCUUCCAAAAGGCAAAAAUCUAUUCAAAGAGACUGUCCCUAUUGCCUUAUGUCAAAUAAAGCAGAUUGCACUGAUGGGCAUCAGACUUGAA